AUGAAAAUACCAUCGAAAAGACCAUCAAAGAUGAUGUUUACCGGUAAACGUCGAAGUACCUCAUCUCCAGGAAUUAAAAAAACUGGAUCAAGCCAUGUUGGAAGCUCUAAUAGUAGUAGUUAUUCGAAUCGAUCUCAUAGUCUGGAAAAAGUAAAAUAUUCCCAUCAUUUCAAAUCAAAUUUAUACCAUCAAAAAGUUGAUUCGAUUGACGAAUUUCAAGUACAAACAAUUGCUAAAAGAAGAGUCGCCAUAAAGUACAAAAGAAUACACGAAGUCAAAGGUCAUAAAUUCGUAGGAAAAUUUUUCAGAUUUCCAACAUUUUGUACGUUUUGUAAAGAAUUUAUGUGGGGAUUUGGUAGGAAAGGAUAUCAAUGUCAGAGUUGUCAAACAGCCGUACAUAAAAAAUGUCACGAAAAAUUUUUAAGCACUUGUCCAGGUUCUGGAAAAAAUUCAGAAAACACAUUGUAUCUCAGGAAAAGAUUCAACAUUGAUGUCCCACAUAGAUUUAAGGUUUAUAAUUUUUUAUCACCCACGUUUUGUGAUCAUUGCGGGUCCAUGCUUUACGGUCUUUUUAUGCAAGGUUUAAAAUGUGAAGAUUGCGACGUGAAUUGUCAUAAAAAAUGUGAAAAAUUAAUGGCACAUUUAUGCGGUGUCAAUCAAAAAUUAAUUGUCGAAGCUUUAACCUCAUUACAUCAUCAUCAUCAUCGAAAGGGUGAUCGUAAUAAUCAAAAUUCAGACUCAUUGUUAUCACAAAAUUUUGGAAAUAAUUCAUGUUUAUUUUCCGUGAGGGAAGAAGAUGGGAAAAUUCCAAAAUUUACAGCACCAGCAACGACCAUUCCAAGGUUUAGAAAAUAUUUUGUACAAGAUUUUAAUUUUUUAAAACUUUUAGGAAAAGGUAGUUUUGGAAAGGUAUUUUUAGCGGAAUUAAAAGGAACGACAUGUUAUUACGCGAUAAAAUGUUUAAAAAAAGACGUUGUGCUCGAAGAUGAUGAUGUUGAAUGUACAUUAAUCGAAAGAAAAGUUUUAGCUUUGGGAACAAAACAUCCAUAUUUGUGUCAUUUAUUUUGUACCUUUCAGACUGAGUCUCAUUUAUUUUUCGUUAUGGAAUAUUUAAACGGUGGAGAUUUAAUGUUUCACAUACAAAAAACUGGAAAAUUUGAAGAACCAAGAGCAAGAUUUUAUGCGGCUGAAAUUAUUUCCGGUUUGAAAUUUUUACAUAAAAAAGGAAUCGUUUACAGAGAUUUAAAAUUGGAUAAUAUACUACUCGAUUUUGACGGACAUAUUAGAAUAGCGGAUUUUGGAAUGUGUAAACUUCAAAUUUACUUGGAUAGAACGGCGGAUACGUUUUGUGGUACACCUGAUUACAUGGCACCUGAGAUAAUAAAAGGACUUAAAUAUAAUCAAUGCGUUGAUUGGUGGUCAUUUGGAGUUUUACUUUUUGAAAUGUUAUCAGGUCGCUCACCUUUUUCCGGUUGCGAUGAAGAUGAAUUGUUUUGGUCUAUUUGUAAUGAAAAUCCAAAAUAUCCAAGAUUUUUAUCAAACGAAUCUCUAAGUAUUUUAAAUUCUUUACUCCUUAAAGAUCCAACGAAAAGACUUGGAAUGCCUGAUUCUCCAGCUGGUGAUAUAUGCGAACAUCCUUUUUUCAAAUACAUAAAUUGGCAAAAAUUAGAAAGGCGAGAAUUGGUACCACCAUUCAAACCUAAAAUGCUUCAUCCUUUGGAUGUGCAAUAUUUCGAUAAAGCUUUUACAAAAGAACGACCAAAAUUAACAGUCGUCGAUCCUGAUAUUUUAAUGUCGAUGGAUCAAACUCAAUUUCACGGUUUUAGUUUUACUAAUCCUAAUGCAACAUUGGAUUAA